AUGGUGUUGGAGAUGAGCGUUGCACCACGCCUUUUAGAACACCGGGAUGUAGAUGGUCUUAGAGCUACACUUGCAGAUGAGAUUGAGCCUUUACAGCUUUAUGCCAUCUUCUAUAGACAUUUUUGCAUUCAUACAUCUGCAGUCUACCCUCCAUGCAGCAAAUGUAACUGUGCUUUGGCGACACUAUAUGGUGUUGACGUAAUGGGCAGCAGAUUAGCAGAUGAGGUCCUGAUGUUUUGUGGACUUAACAGCCUUGAGAAACUAGCAUACCACACAUCUGGGGUGCUUAGAAGAACAGGAAGACAUGUGUUUUUGAAAGAUAAGGCUAAUGGACAGGACGACCCCCUCUAUUGCUUCAGAUGGCCAACGAUUCUGAAGACCUUAAUUUUUUAUCUUGUGGGAUUUUGUACAUCAUCAAUUCAUCAUCGAAGUGAGCUGUCUAAGAUUCUCUCACAAAAACCCUUUUGGCAAGUCAGACAUAAACAKACCCUUUUCCAAGCUCUCCUCUUUGAAAUUGGCAAGGUCAAAGAUCGCUUUCUUUCGAUAUGGACGAUUUCAGACUUCCAAUUGCUUUCUUCCGGUCCUGCUACUCUGCACGCGAUUUCAAAUUCAAAUCCGUGGCUCUCAAGACGAUUGUGCAUAUACCAGGGUUUUGGAAUAUUGAUUUUCAACAAUGAUUUCUCUGAGUUAUUGAUUUACAUUUCGUGA